GUAAAAUUCGGAUUCGUCAAGCGCAUCAUCGUCAUCGUCAGCAUUGACAAAGGUCGCGCGACAAGUGGUUCCUCUGCGUAAUGUCCAGGGCGACAGCGAGUCUGAGCGUCGUACACACGAAUACAUAGGCAAAAGCCUAAGUGUGCAUUCCGCCUACUCUCUCCGCCGUCGCCGCCGCCGCCGGCCGCCGCGCAUCUGCCAUUGGCGUCGCCUUGCACAGGGACCAAUUUUAUAGUACAACAAUGGGCCACGAGGCGGAGCGACAAGGCAUCGAAAUACGCCGAGAUAUAUAUGCGCGGUGCGCAGAUGGACGGGCCAGGUACGAUCACGUGGGAGGCGUUCGUGGCCUACGCCGAGGAGCUGGUCAGGCUGUCGGACGAAAUUUCGGAUCACUGGCGAUUUUCAGGAGACAAGGGAUCAGCAGGCCAGGCGUACUUGGAGCGCCGAGUGAAGACGUACAUUCCGAGCGACUGCCUGAUAGACAGAGAUAAAGAGCAGGAGGAAGAUGAAUGGAACAAGAGCUUGGAGACGUGUACAGAUCCUUACGAGAUGUCCAGCGCCAACGAGAGGCCGUUGAUCAUCGAGCAUCAUGUUUUGUGGUCCAUGAGCUAUAGCGUUCCGGUACUUUACUUUAACGGAUGGUGCGCCGACUCUCCUGGCAUCAAUGCAGUGAGCGUGGAGGCGGCCCAACGCCUGACGUCGGGCGACAAGUUGGCCCACAGCGAGCUGUCCCAGGCCAUUCAUCCGAUCCUCGGCCGACCGUUCCUCCAUCUGCAUCCCUGUGGCUCGCGUGAGCUUCUGCAAAUGGCUUCUCGAAGUGCCAACAAGUUGGUCAGCUGGCUAAGUGCAGUCGGUCCAGCGGCUCUGGGACUCAAACUGCCGCCCGACUACUUCAAGCUGACAAUGCGAGAGGCCGAUGAAUCUUAAUCGGGCAUUUUGUAAUUCUAACGACAUGCUAAUCCGCCGUGACGAUCGUCGUUGCGCCUGGAGUGCGGCCGCGCCUGGCGUCGUCCAUGUGAUCUUUUAAUAAAGUUUUUUUAUUGGUCUGUACAUGUAUGCGUUUGCGCCUGCUGCCAAUGCGGAAACACGAGUGCACGCGUGCACGCGUGUAAGCGAAAACCGCAGAAACUGCGGGAGCUCGUUUACAAACUCAAAUAGACUAAUAAUUGAUGAUCUAGAGACCUUCGCGCAACCUUCGUUUCUUCACGAUUUCCCGUAGCGAAAAUAG